AUGAAGCCGCUAUCAUUCAAGGGAGGAAUAGAACCGAUGAAAGUUGAAGCCUUGGUGUUGGGAAUAGAAAAACUGUUUGAAGUAUUUCCCUAUACCGAAGCCCAAAAAAUGCAACUUGCUGCCUUCACUCUGGAAGACGAAGCACGGAGGUGGUGGAUGCUUACGAGAACUGUACACCAGGGGUUAACAUGGGACAUAUUCUUGGAGCUGUUUUAUGACAAGUACUUUCCUCAAAGCAUGCGAGACAAGAAGGUGACUAAAUUCGAAACUCUUAGACAAGGAAAUAAGACCGUUGCAGAGUAUGAAGCUCAAUUUGCAGAACUAGCCCAGUUUGCACCUCAUAUGGUGGAUACGGAUUAUAAGAAGGCACGGAAAUUUGAAUGGGGAUUGCGGAGUGCUAUCCUGGACCGAGUCAACAUGUUAAAGUUACCUACCUAUGUGGAUGUGUUGGAGAGGGCUGUUAUAGCAGAGAGAAAUAUUGUUGCUCAGACUCGGAUUUCUGAAUUGAGAGGAAAGAGGCAGAACACACAAUUGUUAAGGGGGUCAGCUACUCUACCUAGCAAGAAACAAAACUCAGGAACUUCUAGCACGUCCACUUUUACUUCAGACUCGACCCCUGUUUGUUCAGAAUGUGGAAAGAAGCACCGUGGGACUUGUUAUUGGUUGUCCGGAGCAUGUUUUCGAUGUGGUAAAACGGGUCAUCUGGUGAGGGAUUGUCCCCAAAGGAAUCAACAGAAUGGUAAUAAAACUGUCACAAAUUCAGUAGGGUCUACACCAACUUCCAACACCAAGCCAGCUGCCAAAUCUGCUAACAACAAAGACACUGCAAGACAAGGCAGGGUGUUUGCAUUGGUCCCGGGAGAUGUGCAAAAUGCGGCAACAGUGGUGUCAGGUAAAUUUAUUGUUCACGGUCAUUCUGCUCAUGUAUUGUUUGAUUCUGGCUCUACCUAUUCCUUUGUGUCAAAACCAUUUGCGCAAAAUUUAGAUAAAUCUGAGGAAAUGUUGUCUUACAUGUUAUGUGUGUCUUCACCUUUGGGAGACUCUAUGAUCUGUACUUUUGCAUAUUUUGCUUGUGAACUCCUACUUGGAGAUAUUCGGGUAUAUGCCAAUCUGUUACCUCUCGAUAUGACUUAUUUUGAUAUUAUUCUGGAAAUGGACUGGUUGAGCGAAUAUGGUGCAACUAUUGACUGUUUGACUAAGCAAAUCAGUUUUCACCCUCCGGGACAAUCAGAAUUUACUUUUCAGGGACAUGGAGUGACUUCUCCACCUUAUUUGAUUUCCGCAGCAAAGGCUUGUAAAUUAAUUCAGAAAGGGUGCCAGGGGUAUUUAUGCAGUAUUUUGAAGGGGCAAGUGAUGAAUGGGAGUACUGACAUGAUUCCAGUUGUCUGUGAAUUUUUGGAUGUUUUUCCGGAAGAAUUACCGGGGGAGUUAGUGGACCGUGAAUUGAAUUUACAAUUGAAGUGCUACCGGGAAUCCAACCCAUUUCUAAAACUCCGUACCGGAUGUCACCAGUUGAAAUGA